UUGUAUCAUUUCCCCAAACAAAAAAAAUUUCGAAAUUUAGCAUUGCAUUUUUAAUACAAAACCAAAAAAUGAGUACCUCUAAGGUUUCCAUAUCAUUGAUCAUUUUGAUGAUAGGUUUAGCCCUAGUGAUCCAGCCCUCUCAUGCCCAAGACUCCAAGCAAGAGUUCCUGAACGCCCACAACUUAGCUCGAGCCUCGGUUGGAGUCGGACCCUUGACGUGGGACAACAAGGUCGCCGGCUAUGCAAGAACCUAUGCCAACACACGCAAAGGCGACUGCAAACUGGUGCAUUCUAGGGGACCUUAUGGUGAGAAUAUCCUUGUAUGGAGCAGAGGUGACCUUUCCGGUGUUGCCGCGGUGAAUUCGUGGUUUAAAGAGAAGGUAAACUAUGAUUAUAACUCCGACUCUUGUACUAAUGGAAAACAGUGCCGCCAUUACACUCAGUUGGUCUGGAAAAAAUCAACCCGUUUAGGGUGUGCUAAGGUUCGGUGCAACAAUGGGGGUACCUUCAUUACUUGUAAUUAUGAUCCCGCUGGCAACUCUGCUGGCCAGCGUCCUUACUAAGGACCAUAUAUACAGGAACUCUUAUAUGAGGGUUGCCAUGAUGCACGAUCCAUUAAAAGACUUCUAUUAUUAAUUUUUAAAUUGCUUUAAAAACUACAAUUUAAAGUUAUAUUUGGGAUUUAUUUGAGUCCAUAUAAAAUUUAUUUUAUCAUGAAAUUUUAAUAUUUUAUUGGAUUCAUAUAAUUCAUCAAUAUAUUUUUAAAUUUUAGCUUUUAAAAUAAUUUUAGAAUUGAUAAUAAAUAUAUUUAUUGAUAAAAACAUCAAGACAUCUCCAUAUAAGAAUAAAAUAAAUUAUAUAUAUAUAUGUACUCCUAUUUAUAUAUAUAGGAGCAAGUUCUUCUAUAUACUAAGAUAUUUUUAAUAAAUCCAGGAUUUUCUUUUUUACAUUUUUUAUCAUGAAUAAAAAGGUUGAAUGGGUAUAGGUAGCAUACCCUUACAACUCCAAAUGGUGAGAUUUCUCUUUUUACUUGGUUAUUAAAUAAGUAUAUCUUGUGGUGUGUAAGCCAUGAACAUGAUUAUGUAUAAUUUUAAUUGUUUGUUCACCGUAUUGGAUGUGCUUAUUCAAGAGUCAAUCAUUUA